CUUGUCUUUAUCGUCACCAGGAGGCUUUGCAGAUCAACAGAUUGUUCAGCAAGCAGUAGCGUAAAUAGCAGUACGCGCAACGCACGCGGAAAGAGCAAGGAACUGCAAUCGACUGCAAAGAUGGCGGGCAAGGAAUCGACCAUCUACAUCGUCGACCUCGGCCGGUCGAUGGGUGAGACGCGCCACGGCCGCGACCACACAGAUCUUGAUUGGGCGCUCGACUACGUAUGGGACAAGAUCACAACAACAGUCGCGACGGGCAGGAAAACGGCGCUAAUGAGCGUUGUUGCGUGUCGCACUGAUGGGACGGACCUUAACGGUGUCAUGGAAGAGGCGGAGGGCUACGAGAAUAUCACCGUGUUCUCGGAAUGUAAACAGUACUUGCUGAGCGACAUCCGGAGGCUGCAGAAAAACCUGAAGCCAAGCAAGACAAAUGAAGGAGACUUGGUCUCUGCACUAGCAGUCGCUGUUCAUUUGAUGGACAGUGCAACCUCGAACAAAGCUGGCAAGCCGCUGAAGUUUGAUCGGCGGAUUGUCAUCGUAACUGACGGGAGAGGUGAGAUGGAUGCCGAUGAUCUGGACGCUAUUGCGAUGAAGAUCAAGGACGAAGAGGCGCCGAUUGAGGUCACGCUGCUCGGCGUUGACUUUGACGACCCAGACUACGGCUACAAGGAAGAGGACAAAGAUAUUACGAAGUCUAAGAACGAAGAAGUCUUGAAGAGCUUCGUGGAGAGCUGUAGCGGCAACUUCGGUACACUCGCUGAAGCCAUCGAGCAGCUCAGCAUCCCCCGCCUGAAGCAGACACGGCCAAUUCCCAGCUUCAAAGGCCAACUUACUCUUGGAGAUGCCUCCAAGUUCGAUGCUACACUCACUAUCGAUGUCGAGCGAUAUCCAUGCACCAUGCUUGCCAAACCACCAACGGCCAGCUCAUUCGUCGUUCGCACAGAUCUCGGUGCAGCAGAACCCAGUAACGGAGAAGCUAUGGAAGGCAUAGUCGGUGAGGACCAUCCAAUGAGUGACCUGGCGGUGGUACGAACCCAGCGAGGCUACCAAGUCGAUAACCCGGACGAACCAGGUGCUAAGAAGAAUGUGGAGAUGGAAGAUCUCGAGAAGGGAUAUGAGUACGGCAGGACCGCAGUCCACAUCGCCGAAUCCGACAUGAAUGUUGUCAAGCUUGAAACUCAACCCUCGUUAGAGCUUAUUGGUUUCGCGAGAGAAGAAGAGUUCGGACGCUACCUACCAAUGAGCCGAACGAACUACAUCGUACCCCAGAAAGCAAACCAGCAAGCUCAGCUAGCGCUUUCCUCGUUCAUACAUGCGCUGUUUGAAGGUGGACUGCAUGCAGUUGCGCGUCUAGUCACGAAGGAAAGCAAACCACCCUUGGUCAUUCUGCUUGCGCCAUGGAUCGAGCCGGACUUCGAAUGCCUGGUCGAUGUAGAGUUACCUUUCGAAGAGGACAUGCGACGCUACAAGUUCCCACCCCUGGACCGAAAACUUACAGUGAGCGGCAAGGUCAUCACAGAACAUAGAGACUUGCCGAAUGCAGAUCUUACUGCUGCAAUGGACGCUUACGUUGACGCCAUGGACUUGUCUACAUUCGGCGAAGACGAAGACGGCAACCCUGAUGAGUACGCAAAGCCAGAAGAUACAUACGCACCGCUCGUGCAUCGUAUCAACCACAUCAUCAGGUGGCGGGCUACACAUCCUGAUCCCACUCUGGUCAUCCCUGACCCGCCUGAGAUUCUCAAGAAGUAUUCUGCCCCACCAUCAGAGCUCGUUGAACGCGCAAACAGCACGCUCGAGUCUCUCAAAGCCGCAGCAGAUGUCAAGAAGGUACCACCCAAAGUAAAAGGACGGGGCAAGCGCAACCGCGCUGAGCGCGAGAAGCCGAUCUCCGGCCUUGACGUUGAUGCGCUGCUGGGCAACCCUACACGAGUUACGAUCGAUCCAGCCAACCUCGUGCCGAGCUUUAAACAGGCGCUCGCCGUCACUGAUGAUUUGGCCGCCAUACAGUCCGCUGCAGACGCCAUGGCGAAAGAAAUCCGCAGCCUGGUGAGGAACAGCGUGGCCGAGAGCGCCUACGGGCGAGCACUGGAGGCUGUCCGUGUCAUGCGCGACGAACUGACCGAGCUCGAGGAGCCAGAAAUGUACAACAGCUUCGUGAGAGUGUUCAAGAAAGAGCUGCUUGAAGAUGCGCUGAAUGGAGACCGGAGGGAGAUGUGGUGGAGAGUACGGGGGAGCAAAUGUGGUCUGAUCGACCAGAAGAGGUCGCUGGUGAGUGAUGUCACGGAGAAGGAGGCGGACAACUUUUACAAGGCUUAGGUGGCCAUCAACGUAAUGUGUACAAUCAGAGGCUGAACUUUUCCACGGUGGCUAGCUGCUGGGUUUGCCGCGAUACCAUCAAGGUUCUCGUGAACCUUUGCAAUCAGUGGGUCAGGAGAUCUCAUGGUACCGCUCGAAGGGUCAGGGGUGCCUGAGGAUCCAUGCAUCCACAACAGUGGAUCACGUAGGCUUUCACCUCGACACCGAGGGUAUGGAACGCCUCCAGAUGCAGCAAUCACCUGUCUUGAUCGUGUCCACAUAUUCACAAUGAUCUUUCACUCAUCCGCGAGGCGCAAACGAG